CGCUUCGGCUUCCUCCGCUCGUCUCGUCUCGCCUCCAUUUUUCCUCCCAAACCAAACCGCACCACCAACCAAAAAACGCCACGCCUUCCCUCGCCGCCGCCGCCAGCCGCCGCCGGGCUUCCCUCCCCGCCGCCGCUGCCGCCGUGCACCGUUUCUUCUCUCUCUGUCUCCCUACCGGGGAGUCCCCGUUCUCUUCGGCCCGUGUUAGUAAACUGUGUUGUUGAAGGAAGCAUACAUUCCCCCUAUUUGUCAACAAGAUCACUGCAUGAUCCAGAGAAGUGUGGUCAUAGCCUGUUCUGAAGAGAAAAUAAGGGAUACCCUGAAUUUUUGUACAGGGUAAGGUUUGCAGAGUUAAUAGCUGGCCAUUGGAGUACUUGGUGGUAGAAUACCUAAAAAGGAGAUACUUGUAAAUUUUCUGGUGCAUUCAACUCCUCCCAUAUAUUUUUCUCUGGCAUUGGCAAUAAUGUCAGAAAGUGAAUUAUCUGUAAUAAAACCAGAGGCGUUGAAGACUUAUAUUUGGCUUCAGUGCUUUGAUGGAUCCAUACAGCAAGUGGAGGAGGAGGUUGCCAUGUUCUGCCCAAUGAUAUGUCGAGAAAUUGUGAAAAACGGGACAGGGUCAUCCAAAAAUCAUGCUAUUGCUCUCCCAGAAAGAGUUAAUCCGGCAAGUUUGAGUUUGAUUCUUGACUACUGCCGGUUUCAUCAAGUCCCUGGGCGCUCAAAUAAGGAGCGGAAGUCGUUUGAUGAAAAGUUUGUUAGGAUAGACACAGAAAAACUCUGUGAGCUGACAUCUGCAGCUGAUAGUCUUCAAUUAAAGCCACUGGUUGAUCUUACCAGUCGAGCACUUGCUCGAAUCAUUGAAGGAAAGACACCUGAGGAAAUCCGUGAUAUUUUUCAUUUACCAGAUGACUUAACUGAGGAAGAGAAAUUGGAGCCCCUAAAAAAUAUUAAUGAUGAUCCUAGGAUCCGCUUAUUGAAUCGAUUAUAUGCAAAGAAGCGGAAAGAGCUACAGGAACGCCAGAAACUGAAGGUCGAUAUUCAAGAACAGAAAGAGCAGAAAGACGAGCGAUCUUUGGAUGAGAUACUAUGCUUCAUAAAUGGGGAUGGAGGUUCUGGAGGUGGAAAAGCUGCUAAGAAUAAGAAAAAGAACAAGAGGAGGAAGGAUCAUGCUAAGAAUCCCCAAAAGGCUGAUCCUGAACCUGGAAAUAUGGAGGGAGCUGCAUGUGCGGUUGUUGGUGUUGGUACUAUUUCUAGAGCACCUUGCCAAAGUUCAGAUGUGCAAGAUGAUGCUGAAUACCCCUUUGAAGAUGGUGACCUUGAUGAUGGACUUGAUCCUGCAUUGCAGGAAGAGCUUGAUAGAGAAGUGGAAGACUUUGCGAGGAGGUUGAAUUCCGUUUGGCCUGAAAGAAGAAGAAUUGAGUCACAGCUAAACGGUGGUAAUGGUUCUCUGCAGAGAUUUUCUGGGCUUAAUCACAGGUGAAUGUCAAGCAGCAGGAUCAGCAAGCAGAAGCAUAGGAAAUUUGUGCACAUACAGCUUCGAAGUGAGCUAGAGACCGAAGUGAGCACCUGUUACUUGAGUGCCGAAGAGGCCUUGAAACUCGGAACCAAGCUUGCAGACAAUGUGCGUCUUUUUUUCCCCUGGCCAUUUUGGGCGCAGGGGCUGGCUCAUCAGGUUGGGAUGAAGCAUAGCGAGGUUUAGAUAGAUCAAGGAACAGGAGAUCAUUUUUCCAGUCGUGUUAUUUCUUGGGGGGAGUUGACUCGGUUUUUGUUCUUUCGCUGUAUUGCCCAUUUUCCUGGAUAGAGCAGAGUGUGCAACUGUAACAGAUAUCAGUCACUGCUGUGAAAGAAAUUCCGUUGGUUUACUUUUGGUUCCUCAGUUGCUGCAAAAAGGGAAGUCGGUCCAGGCUAUUUUGUCA